UUACGCCUUCGUUUAUACUUCCGUCGGAGAUUAUUCUAUGUUUGUUUGCCCGCAAAUUCUUCAGGUUGAGCUACCACUUCUUUGCAGUUGCCAGGAUGGCAAAUGAUAACCGACGUAGUAACAGAGUUAAGACUGAUGAAAGUAUCAAGCCAAAGAAGAAAAUGGUAAAACAAGAUGCAUCUUCUGCUUCAAUAUUGCGAUCAAGUGAUGCUUCUAGCUCAAGAAGGUCAUCCAGAGAAACAUCAUCAAGGAAACAGACAAAAGAAAAUCCCACUAGUACUCGCAAGUCUAAACGACUGGAGAAGCAGAACCCAUCAGCCACUCCUCCAAUUAAGGAGAAAUCAGAGAGAACUCAGAAACAGACGAUAACAACUCCUUUAAAGAGGUAUGAUAGACGCAAGAAGCACACUUCAUUAGGUUCUUUGGAAUCCAAGAAGAUUGUUGAAGAGCCUGCUUCAUCAAAUAUAAAGUCGAAGAAGGACAAAGUUGGAAGGAGUUUGAAGCGGUGUGUGAUGGAUGCUAGCGAAGAUCAUACACAAGAAAAUCAUGGUUUGGACGUGGGUGGUAGGAAAAGGAAGAGAGUGGCUACUUCUGUUAAUAAGGCUUUAUCUAAACUUAAACGAAUAAAAACUGAAGCAGGUGAUGAUAACGAUAAAGAAAGUCAAGAUAAGGCGUCUGAAGCUAAUUCCAGCAGCAACAGCGAUGUGGAUAUGAAGCUGAAAAGACCAGAUAAAUUACUUCGGCUUGAUAACUGCAAGAACGAAUGUAGUGGCUCCAAGUCCGUGGAAGAUGAAGAUGAUGGUGGUGAGGAAUGUAGUGAUAGGUCCGAAGAAGACCCUACUCUGAUAACCUUUAAAAGAGGAUGCAUGACAACAGAUUCUGGUCUAAGUAAUUUUGAUGUAGAAGAAGUAAAUGAUGAUGCUGAAGUAAAAGAAGCUGAUCUCAGCUGGAAUAUCAGCUCUGCAAAAGGCCAUAAAGCCUCACUAAAUAGCAGAGGAGUUGAAGGCAUUCCUCAUCAUGCUGUACAAGAAUCAUUGGAUGAGGGUUCCAUGGAUUUAGGACAAGUAGGGAAUGUUGGUUGUCCUUCAAGAAAAUCCCUCGAUGGCAAGUCUGUUGAAAGUGGCACUGAGGCACUAAUCAGUGGCACAAGCACAUCAUCUAACAUAGAGACAUCGGCAAGAAAGACAGAUCCUGAUACUUGUAGAAAUACCAAAAAUCAUCCAAUCUCUCCUAGGUCACCAUCAUCCAGGUGUAAGAGGCAUGGGCAUAAGGAAACUUGCCUUGCAUGCUCAAAGAAGCAAAGGAAAGCCCAUGGUUCGGGGAAGCAGCAAAAACUCAACUCUUGUGACACAAAAUGUAACGCAGACUUAUGUGACACCUCUAGUUCCGAGGAUAGGACGACAUGUGAAGCAGCUGGUCUUGCUGAAUCUUUUGAAAAAGAUAAUGGUGUGUCAAGGAUGGGAACAAGUAUAUGCAAUGUUUGCAAGUUAGGCGGAAAGCUAAGGUACUGUGAUGCAUUAGGUUGCAACAGAUGUUACCACCUUUCCUGUUUGGAUCCUCCUGUGAAUAGCGUUCCAUCAGGAAAUUGGUGCUGUCCCUUCUGUGUGAAGAACAUCAAAUCAUGUGUUCAAGUCAUAGAGUCAAUCUGGGAUACUAGAGAAGUGGAGGUGUCAGAUGCUGAAGGUUUGCAGAAGCAGUAUUUUGUUAAAUACAAAGGUCUUGCUCAUAUUCACAACCAGUGGAUAACAGAAACUCAGUUGCUACUUGAAGCUCCGCUGCUUAUGGAAAAUUUUAGCAAAAACAGUUUGAUGAGGUGGACUGAAGAAUGGACUGUGCCACAUCAAUUGUUAAAGAAAAGACUGAUAUUGUCUUUUAAGCCACUUUACGGGACUCGGCAGAAUUCAGAUUCACCUGAAGGUUAUAACCUCGUAAGAGAGCAUGAAAAUCAGCAUGGAAAUGCAAAGAUACCUUCUUCAUCAGAUGAUAAGAUUAAGGAAUUGUCUGUCAAACUUCCAACUAUUCCUGCUGGCAACCCAGCUGGAGUGGAUGAUAUCCAUUUAAGCUAUGUUAAGAAAUUACAUGAUGCAUGGAAUAAAGAGAAGAACAACUUGGUUUUUGAUGACCAGGAGCGGACACUGAGGAUUGUUCUCUUUAUUCUCUCGUUGAAGGGUGUAACUCUUCCUUUCCUACUAAUCACACCAUCCAAUUCUCUAUCACAAUGGGAAGCUAUGUUCUCAAGGAUAGCACUUUGUAAUGACCUCAAAGUUUCCCUUGAGGAGGGCCAACGAGGUUCUAGAUUGCUAGAAGUUCAAAAGGAAGGUGGUCAGUUAGCAUUCCAAGUACUUCUUUACCAUGUGGAUGCAUUUGUUAAGGAUUUAAAUGUGUUAAAAGCCAUAAAAUGGGAAGCAGUCAUAGUUGAUGAAUCUCAGAGCUUAGAAAUCUCCUCUCAUUUUAGUCACGUUAAGAGCCUAUCCACCUACAAGAGGUUGCUUGUGUUCUCUGGUCCAUUAGUUGUGAGCAUGGCCGGUUAUCUUGAUGUGUUGUCACUCCUAGAUUUUGAUGGUGCUUGGCCUAAUUUGUCGAAGUUUAUUGCAUAUGAAUGCAAGUCCAGCUCUUCUAAGUUUGUAGAAUUUUGGGUUCCUGUCCAGAUAUCCAAUCUGCAGCUUGAGCAGUAUUGUUCUAUGCUACUUUCAAAUGCUAUGGCUCUUAGUUCAUGUUCAAAAAGUGAUACUUUUGGGGCUCUCCAUGACAUUCUUGCUUCUAACCGGAAGUGUUGUGAUCACCCCUACAUUGUCGACCAAGGUCUUCAAGGUGUCCUUACAAAGGGUCUUGAGCCAGCCAAGUUUUUAGAUGUUGGCAUAAAAGCAAGUGGCAAACUGCAAUUUCUGGACCUGAUACUGCCCGAGAUGAGAAAGCGCCAACUCAGAGUUCUUAUUCUUUUUCAGCCUUUAAGCGGUUCCGGAAAAGAUUCAACUUCUAUUGGAGACAUUUUGGAUGAUUUUGUUCGUCAGAGAUUUGGUGAAGACUCCUAUGAGCGUGUGGAUGGGAUUGGAACUAUCCCCUCCAAGAAGCAAGCUGCUUUAAAUAACUUCAACAACAAAGAUAUGGGUAGAUUCAUCUUUUUACUAGAAUAUCGCGCUUGUCUUCCAAGCAUAAAACUAUCGUCAGUUGACAUCAUAGUCAUAUUUGACAGUGACUGGAAUCCUGCAAAUGAUUUAAGAGCUUUACAGAAAAUAGCUCUUGAUCCACAGUCGGAACAAAUUAUGAUAUUCCGCUUAUAUACUUCCUGGACACUGGAAGAAAAAAUUCUUAUACUUGCAGAGCACAAUGUAACUAUCGAUAGCAAGUUGCAGAAUCUGAGUAGGAGCACUAGUGAUGCGUUGCUCACGUGGGGUGCCACAUACUUGUUUAAGAAACUUACUGAGUUUCAUAGUACCUCUGUUCUGAAUAUUUCCUCUGAAGAACACUUGCUGAACGAAGUAACGGAAGAGUUCUUAAACUUGAUUUCUCACAAAUGUAAGAACACAGAUACAUCCAAGUCAAUAAUUACAAGAGUUCAACAAAGUGGUGGAACUUACAGUAAGAAUCUUCCAUUGCCAAGUGAGCUAAUAACCCAGUUGCCAAAUGGGGAACAGCCUAAUACCUUUUGGAGAAAUUUGUUGGUGGGAAGGGUUCCGUGUUGGAAAUUUUUAUCUAGGUCAACCCCAAGGCAAAGGAAAAGACCCCAGUAUUGUGAGCAGUCACCUAAAAAAAUAAAUGCCGGCAAUGAGGAUGUUGGACGCAAGCGUAAGAAAACUGCAAACAUCACUGAACCUGUUGCGUCAAUCUCAGGAACCGUAGAAGGUGAAAUUGCAGGGGCAUGUAGGGGGAUUUCUAGCGUUCCUUCCCAUGAUGGAUCACAAUCAUCCCCUGGUAACAGCUUUUGGUGUGAUGCAGUCCAUAAUGAAACAGACUUUCAGUCCCUCUUGAAGCUCAAUAUAUCUAAACUAUGUGAAGUCCUCGGUUUAUCGGGGGAUGUCAAGAUAAUGGUGGAAAGAUUUCUCGAAUAUGUUAUCGAGAAUUAUCAUGUCAAUGAGGAACCCGCAAAUACAUUACAGGCUUUCUUGAUAUCUCUGUGUUGGAUUGGUUCUGCAUUAUUAAAACACAAGCUUGAUAGGAGACAAUCAGUUGCUCUUGCAAAGAAACACUUGAGUUUCAUUUGCAAUGAAGAAGAGGCAAAAUCGGUGUAUUUGAAGUUGGAACCAGCAAGGGACAUGUUCUUACGUCAUACAGAGAACCAAAAGAAAAGCGAUGUGUCAAAAGAUCGUAUACCAUCAGCCCAAGCUACUUUCACAUGGUCAUUAGAUCCAAGGGUGUCACACCCAGGACCAUUUGACCUACAGGACGUAAAAGUAGAGAACCAGAUGGAGUUCUCUGGUAGUGAACAUGGAGAUCAAGAUAGCCCUAAAAGAGCUCCAGUUUUGUCCCGAAAUCUGAUGGAAGUAGAAUGUCCUGAUAAAAUUGUACACGGCGAGCAUCACGGUCUGGUUAUAUCAUCUGAUAUUAUGACCAGUCCAAAUGCGACGGUGAGUGGAAGCAUCUGUUCUGAAACUAUACUUUCUCAUACAGAUCCCAAUUCAGCAAGUGUUACAGUGAAUGCGCUGUCCUUUAAAUUGGCUAGUGCUAGCAUUGAGGACCAGCCUAAUGGGAGAAGUUGUGCAAAGACUGGUACAAACAAUGUUGAGGUAGAUGGCAAUGUGUUUGAGGAGGUGUCAGGUGCUAGAAAUAAGGAACAAUCCAAGAGGCCAUGUAGUUCAAGCAAUAGUGAGAACAGCACUGAACCAACAAGCUCACGUGCUUCCGUAAAGCAAGUGGUUGAUGUAGCAACAUCAAGUGUGCCAGUUGAAGAGAUUCCAGUAAAAAAUCAUGAAGGUGUUUGUAACGAUGUGGAGAAGCAAGUUGAUUCUUUGAGGAUGAAAGUGUUACUUGCAGAUUGCAACAAAGAAAUUACUGAAGCAGGCGCUACGAUUUCUGAUAGAUCACAUUUCCGGGAGGAUCAGAAUGAUAUCAGUCCUAAUGAUGUUGAGGGGCAUCUUGGCUCUGUUGGAAUGGUAUCGCUAGCUGUUGGUUGCAACCAAAAAGAUGACAGUAACUCACCUUCUGCAGCUGUGUCAAAAGAAAAACUACCCUCAGUUCUGCCUCUAGUUUUUCCAGCUUCAGGUCAAUCAGUUCCAACAUAUUUGGAGAUCCGAAAUGAGUCUGUUCAAGAUAAUGUAGUUCAAGGCUACCCAUGUUCUUCAACGGAAAUUAAUAAUCUGAGAACUAUAGAUGCUGGAAAAGAUGGCCAGUUCAAUUCAGAAGAUUCGUCCCUUCACCUUCAUGAGGAAUCGUGUUUCUCAUUGUCGGCUAAUCCUGCAGUUGCUGAGAAUCAAUCUGAUACACCUUCAGUCAGUAAACUUGUGCCUGAGAUUACCAGUGAUGGGCAGACCACUCUAUCAGCCGCUACACCACCUGGACACGAGGCACAUAACCCUCCCCCAAGUCCUGAGGCACCACCUCAAGUUUCAGAGAUUACUACGGAAGUUUCAAGUCGAGCUGCUACACCACCGGGGCCAAACCUGUUGAACAUGCAAGGAUCCGAGAACCAUAAUCAAGGGGUCUCAUGGGCACCUAAUAAGUCCAAGUUUUCUUCUGAUCCACUUCAAGCUGAAGUGGAGAAAUUACAUGAACUCAAGGAUAAUGUUAUCAAAUUCCACGAAGCUAUUAAGCAGAAGCUGAAAUCUGACUAUGAGAAGGAAUUCGCCGAAUUGAUUGCUCAGAUGAAUCUCAAGUAUGAUGCUAAACGGCAGGAUGCAGAGGCAGCAUUUCAGUCAAAAAUGAAGGAAGUUGAUAUCAAUCUCAACAGAACAGUCAUGAAUAAAAUAUUGGCCGAGGCUUUCAGGUUCAAGUGCCAAGAUGUCGGCCCUUCCGACCCUAGAGGAAGACAAGUUGCUCAAUCGGGAGGAAUGCAGCAUCUGCAUCAGUUUCCGGUGCAACCAUCCCUGCGGCAUUCCACUGUGGUUACUUCAUCUUCACCUGCUCAAUCUUCAGGAAGCCAACAGGUUACGAGGCUGCAGCCACCUCUUCAAAUAGUUCACCAGUCUGCAAAUCUCUUCUCGAGCACACCUAGCAGACUAUUGUCUACUUCCAACCCCUCGAGCAUGCCAACCAGAUCACCGUCUAACACCAACCCAAUUACCCCAUUGAGCAUGCCAAAUAGACCACCAUCUAUCAGCCUCACCGGUACACCAAGCAGACCACCACCUAAUAUCAACCCCAUCACCCCCUCUAGCAGACCAAGUAGACCACCGCCACCCCCUAACAUCACCUCCUCUAGCAGAUCUAGUAGACCACCACCGCCUUCCACCAGGGUUCCACGAUUAACUGGUGAAAUCCGUGCUCCGGCCCCACAUAUUCGACCUUUUAGGCCUUCAACAUCCAUUACUCAUGAUCUUGCAUCUCACAGAAUGAAGUCAAGUCAGCACACAUCAAGCAGCUUGUCAGCAUCCUCUGCCACCUUUUUGCAAGCUUCAGCUCGGCUGUCAUCACAAACGCCACUAACUUUUCCAAAAAAUCAUAACGGCCAACCUACUCAGAAUUCUCCAAGAAGUUUACCUGCAGCAACUCCAUCGCUGGGCCAAGCUUCAUCUCAGCCAGCAGCAUCAGUGGCAGUAGCACCACCUAUUCAGCUCCCAUCUGAGCAGCAUCGAGCAGGUAGUGUGCAUGUCACCACAUCCUCCUCACUUCCCCAAGCUUCACUACCACCUAUGCCAUCGAUAUCAAUAAGCCACACUGGGCUUUAUAGUGCUGCAGCAGGAGGGAGGGUUGAAAAUGGAAUAGUGUUGCCAAGUGCUGAUAUAUUAAGCCUACCGGCCCUCGGUUUGCUUAUGGACAUUGAUACACAAGCAGCAGCUGGUUUUCAUCAGCCAAAUGUUGAGUUUCUGGACGCAAGUAAAGAAAAUGGUGGCAAUGAAGUUGUUUGUUUGUCUGAUGAUGAUUAAGUUUCAUCAUCAUUAUGUUAACCAACUUUUUCUGUUGAAACACCGCUUAUUACAUAUGAUUA